AAAUGCGCGCAAAAUACUUUUGAUGUCACACGUCGAGGAUGCAGAGCCUAAAAAUGGCAGCGGAUGUACGAACGACAUAGUGGCAAAGGAAUGUGAUAAUUCUGUUUCGCGAGUAAGCCUGGAGAGUUCCGACGAAGAGAUCCAAGCGGCGUCCAAAACAAGUCAAAUAUUAGAUUCUAACUCAAAAUCUGAUUCAAAAACAGAUGAAAAUAAUGAAAAAUGCAUCGAUACAAAAUCACAAGAUAAGGAUGACGCGAGUGUCGUUUCCGGCGACAUUUGUAGAAUUUGUCACAUGGGCGGAUAUGCCGCGAUCACAGACAAUCAUCCGUCGUGUGAUUCGCAAAGUCAGGACGAUCAGGCAUCGUCAAACUUCGUCUAUCUCGGCCCUUUGAUCUCCCCUUGCAAAUGCCGGGGUACGGUGGGCCUGGUGCACGCCGAGUGUCUCGAGAGAUGGCUGACCGAAUCCGGUCGCGCGAGGUGCGAACUCUGCGGCUACAAAUACGCGAUCAGGAGGGUACGGCGUUACAGCCUCUUUCGCAGCGUCGUAAUAUGGUUCCACACCGUAAUAGCCACUCGACAGAUGCUGCUCGACAUCGGGUAUUUGGUGAUGACCACGCCCGUGGCUGCGUUUUCCUGUUACGUGUGCGCCUUGGCCUUGAAAAUGCUGCUGCAAAACGGCUUUUACGAUCUACCCUGGAUGAUAGUCGCUAUGCUGCCAACCUGCUUAUUGACGCUGAUAGCUUAUUGGCGAUGGAUAAUUACGUUAGGGAGAUUGCACGGCCAUCGAUGGAGACGCUAUUGGAGAAACAACUUUGUAGUUCGUCUGGUGCCCGAUAGCAACGUCAAUGACAACGUCGAUCUGCGACGAUCGAGCAAUCGUUUCGACACGCAAGACGAGUUUGAACAAUGGAGGAUCGAGGAGAUCGAAGAGCUCGCGUGACUCUCAACCGUGUCAACCGCAAGCGAAACAGUUGUUUAAUCACGACAAACGUUUUCUAUUUUUAUACGCAUCCCCGUCUCAUUGACGGAACCUUGUCGUACAGCUGCGCAAUAUUUAAUUGCAUUUUAUUAACUGGACACUUCAAUUGAAGCUCAUUGCCGCGUAACGAAGACGAUUCGCCGCGGCAUCAGAGUCAAAUUAAAAUGCGCGUCCGAUCCGAAACGCUUCCGGAAAUAUUAUAUUUGUACUCGGAUUUUAUUUAAACAUUUUAUACUUUUUUUUUAUGCACAUUCUGCAUUUGAUUAAAGUGAUUAAUCAUUAAAGAUUAUCGACGCCCUGACGUUUUUAUUAAAGACAUUCCGAUGGUGCUUUUCGUUCUCGAUAAUUGAGCAGAAGCGUUACGAGCCUGCUCUUGCGAACGGUG